CCGCGGAAUUUGCGUGAUGGGCCUCUCGACCGUCGCCGGCGACACGCCAGCGGCGAGCUGGUCAGACAUGCUCUUCGACAUUCUCGCCACCGUCCUCCACACCUUCAACGACCCCGCCGACCUCCUCCGCUGCGCCGCCGUCUGCCGCUCCUGGCACGCCGCCGCCGCCUCCGUCCGCGAUCGCCACCCGCUCUUCUCCCGCCGCCCGCCGCCGCCGUGCCUAGUCUACACGCCUGCCUCCUCGGGCAACAGCGACGACAACACCCGUGCCGCCACCAUCUUUCCCCUCGCCGGCGACGGGAGGACGUUCGAGGUCACGCUGUCGGCUGAACCCCCCCAUUCGCAACAGGUUCUGGGUGGGCAGCUCCCACGGCUGGAUCGUCACCGCCGACACCGAUUCCGCCAAGCUCCACCUCGUCAACCCUGUCACCGGCCAGCAGAUCGACUCGCUCCCGCCGGUCGACACCAUUGAGCACGUCAGGCACCGCAGCCAGAGCGCUGCCGCCGACAACGACGAAGAUGACUACGACUACGAGGUCGUCCAGUACAACUGGACCAUGGAGCAGCGUGACGACCGGCCACCGACCGAGGCGAAGGAAGACGAGCUCGCCGACUACCUCCUCAUGCGCGCCUUCCUGUCGUCUGAUCCAUCCUCGGACAGUGGCGGCGGCUGCAUCGUUGUCCUGCUCCACCGGCCAGAGUACCAGCUCUCGUUCGCGCGGGUGGGCGUCGACGAGCGCUGGGCUUGGGUCAACCUGCCCGACUCAGACUUCUACACCGACGUCGUCUACAACAACCGUGACGGCAUGUUCUACGCUGUCACGCACCAGGCCGCCAUUCACGCCUACGACUUCUCCGGCGGGCCCUCCGCCGUGCGUCGGACGAUCGUCCUAGCCGACCAGUUACACGGUGUCAUCAACCUCGAGACCAAGUACCUCAUCCGCGGCCCCGACGGCGACGGGUGGCUGCAGGUGUGGAGGAUGCUGAAGCCCGUUCGUGCGGGCGAGGUGCACGACGCCGGCGCCGCCACCCACGGCGACACACGACGCGGACGACGGCGGUGUAUAGGAAGACGACGAUCUGGAUCAAGGUGUACCGCGUGGACCUCGCCGCGCAGAGGCUGGAGGAGACAGAGACGCUGGGCGAUGGCGGCGACAGCCGCGCGCUGUUCAUCGGGUGCAACCAGCCGUUCUGGGUGCCGGCCGCCGACGGCGACGGAGAGUGCCCCAGCGGCGUGCUGCCCAACCAUAUUUACUACACGGACAACGAUGAGGACUACGCGCUGCUCUACCCGGAGGCGGCCAGGGACAUCGGCGUCUACAGCGUCGCAGACUUGGCUUGUUCCCAAUUUCGGAUACUACCAUCAGUGUUAAGUUAAUUAAUAGAGAGCAACUAAUUUGUUUGUUUGUUUGAUUAAUGUUGCUUUCAUUGUUUAAAGCUAGGUUUUCUUCUCUGAUGUUUUUAAUGUUCUAAUUAUCGUUCAAUCAACAAUCGGGCUGAACUCAUUUACUAAAAUUGAUAA